AUGCCACGGGAUGAGCUUGCAGCCGGCGCGGCUGGCAUCAGUGCGUCCCCUUUGCAUUCCCUGUUCUCCAUUCUGCUGAUCUGUUCGUGGACGUCGCGCAUCCGUCCUAGCCUGUCCGCCCUGCACAUCAUCCUCGCACUGUCCCUUGCGUCCAUGCGCCUGCUACGCGCACGCCGCGUCUGGCUGCUUGGCAUAUGUACACACGCUACCACCACAAAGCGCUACAUUCCCGUACAGCCAAGGCCCUCUCUGCACACCUCGGGUUCGCUGGACGGCGGUGCUGCAGCUCGCGAGCAGGAGUCCCUCAAUGCGUCGCCCCGCUGUAGUAGGCCCGGUGAGCACUCUGACCAUCCCAGCACGCCCUCGCCCGCUGUACUCACACCAGUCCGCGGCUCGAUACGGAGGAUGCACCGCCAAUCGCGUGCGAUGACGCAUGUUCGUUGA